AUGGCUGCAAAAUUUGUCGGCGAAUCACAAAAGAUUGUCACCGGAAGUCAUGAUCGUACGUUAAAAGUUUGGGAUCUUCGAAGUAAAGCAUGCAUCGAGACAAAAUUUGCUGGUUCGAGUUGUAACGAUCUUGUAACAACCGAUGGUUCAGGGUCAACAAUCAUCAGUGGACAUUUUGACAAGAAAAUAAGAUUCUGGGAUACGAGAAGCUCGGAUAGUUUAGGAAAUGAAAUUCAACUGCAGGGUAAAGUCACGUCACUGGAUUUAUCCAAAGAUUGCCAUUAUCUGGCAGCAUGUGUUCGCGAUGAUACGAUAAAAAUCAUAGACUUGCGCAACAAUCAAAUACUCACAUCACUCAGUCAUGAUAAUUACAAAGUUGGAUGUGAUUUUGCAAGAAUUGCAUUUAAUGCUGAUAGCAGUCACGUGGCGGCUGGUGCAGCUGAUGGUUCGAUAUACAUUUGGAAUGCAAGCGGAAUACUAGUCUCGACUCUGAAGGAUCACACUUCCGCUGUUCAAGCUGUGAGCUUCCAUCCAUUCAGUUCAGUGCUGGCAUCAGUUGAUCGUGCAAAAAAAUGUACGAUAUGGACCCAUAUUUAAUCAUUCGCUUUCAUUAAAAUUUGCCUUUUGUUCAUAUUUAACGAAAAUUUUCUUGAAAAACUCUCGUCAUCAUCACUAAAACAAUAGAAUUUCAUCGACAAAGAC